CCGAUAUCGACGCAUUGGAGAUUUCAUUUUUGAAAUCAUUAGAUUUCAAGAUGCAUGUUACGAAAGAAAAGUAUAAUUAUUGGCUUACUUGCGUAAGAAGUUGUCAUCGCACUGGUAAACAUGAAUAUCUAUUUACCAAAAGACAAGAGAAAACGGAUAAACUCCUAUCCCCUUUACCAAAAUCGUUUUUCAAUUAUGAUGCAAAGGUCAUUAAUCCUCCAGUUGGAUUUGAACGUAACCCCAUUGCUUCUCACUAUGAAAAAGAAUAUAAAUUAUUUUAA